UGUUAUUGGGAUAUAUAAAGCCGUAAUUUUACUAUUUUCCUUCACAAAAAUACUCUCUCUUUCCCUCCAAUCUCUCUCUCCCCCCUUCUUCAAGGUUAAGGUGCAGAGAGGAGAGAGACUCCUCCAGUUUUAUUUUCCUCUGUUUCAGAAACCCUAACGAAGCUGUCUUAGAAUCAUGGAAAGGCAGAUUAUAUCUCACUGUAUGGGUUGAGAUUUGUACAUUUCGCUUACUGCAUUGAUCUCUGUGACUCCGGUGCUGUUCUUCGUCUCCGCUGUUAUACACACACGAGGUUACUGGUUAAAGUAACGGAUGGAGAAAGCAGGUAAUGAGGAGGCAGGUGAAUCACUGCCUUUGCCCUCGCAACCACCAGUUGUACCACCCAAUGGGAAGCCAGAACAAGUGGACCCUCCUAAGCGUUCUAUAAUCAGCCGGCGUGGGUUUGGAAGUGCUGGACGACACAUUUCUUUGCUCACAAACCACUUUAAAGUUUCUGUCAGACAUCCAGAUGAAAUGUUUUACCAGUAUAGUGUUUCUAUUAGUUAUGAAGAUGGGAAAGCUGUAGAGAACAAGGGGAUUGGAAGAAAAAUAAUUGACAGACUUUACCAAACAUACGCUUUGGAACUUGGUGGAAAGAGAUGUGCAUAUGAUGGAGAGAAGAGUCUGUAUACAGUGGGGCCUCUUCCGCAAAACAAUUUGGAGUUCACAGUGGUACUUGAGGAUUCGGUUGCCAAGCGUGGUAGUGGGAAUGGGAGCCCCAGCGAGUCUAGUAAGAGAUCAAAGCGUUCUUUUCAGCCAAAAACUUUCAAGGUAGAGAUCAGUUAUGCUGCUAAAAUACCUUUGAAAUCCAUAUCUCUUGUCCUCCAAGGAAGUGUGGCCGAAAAUAUUCAGGAUUCACUAAGAGUGCUUGAUAUUAUAUUGAGGCAGCAAGCAGCUAACAGAGGAUGCUUACUGGUGAGGCAAUCAUUUUUUCAUGAUGACACAAGGAACUUUACUGAUAUUGGAGGAGGUGUAAUUGGCUGUCGGGGUUUUCAUUCCAGCUUUCGCCCAACUCAGGGUGGUUUGUCCUUGAAUAUGGAUGUAUCUACAACUAUGAUCCUAUCACCUGGACCUGUGAUUGAUUUUCUGCUAGCUAACCAGAAUGCACGAGAGCCUCGCUUUAUUGACUGGGCAAAGGCUAAAAAAAUGCUGAAAAAUAUGAGAGUUAAGACAAGGCACAGCAACAUGGAAUAUAAGAUCACAGGUCUAAGUGAAAAGCCUUGCAAUCAGCAAUUUUUUCCUUUGAAAGUGAAAAAUGGUGAUCGUGUGAAUGAUGGAGGACAGGCUACAGAAAUUACUGUCUAUGAGUAUUUUACUAAACACCGUGAAAUGGAACUUACCUAUUCUGCAUACAUGCCAUGCCUUGAUGUUGGCAAACCAAAGAGGCCCAACUAUCUUCCUUUAGAGCUCUGUUCACUUGUUUCUCUUCAACGCUAUACAAAGGCAUUAUCUUCAAUGCAGAGGGCAUCUUUAGUUGAAAAGUCGAGGCAAAAGCCCCAGGAACGAAUACGAGUUGUGACUGAUGCUGUGAGAAACUAUAGUUAUGAUGAAGACCCAAUUUUUGCUGCUUGCGGCAUUUCAAUUGAGAAGCAGCUUACUCAAGUUGAUGGUCGUGUCCUCGAAGCACCAAAGUUGAAGGUUGGCAACAGUGAAGAUUGCAUCCCCCGUAAUGGACGAUGGAAUUUUAAUAACAAGAAACUUUUAAAUCCUGUCCGGAUAGAACGAUGGGCAGUUGUCAACUUCUCUGCUCGUUGUGAUACAAGUCAUAUUUCCAGAGAGCUUAUUAAUUGCGGAAGGAACAAGGGAAUUCAUAUUGAACGCCCGUAUACUCUAAUUGAGGAAGAUCAACAUUGUAGAAGAGCUAGCCCCAUAGUACGAGUAGAAAAAAUGUUUGAACAGAUUAUGGCAAAGCUCCCAGCCCCUCCUCAAUUUCUUCUUUGUGUUCUGCCCGAGCGAAAAAAUUCUGAUAUUUAUGGACCUUGGAAAAAGAAAAGUCUGAGUGAUAUUGGAAUUGCCACCCAAUGUAUUUCCCCUACCAAGAUCAAUGACCAGUAUCUUACGAAUGUGCUUCUUAAAAUCAAUUCCAAGCUUGGGGGGAUUAAUUCUUUGUUGGCGCUUGAGCACUCAUCUCGUAUCCCCCGUAUCAAAGAUACUCCAACAAUGAUUUUAGGUAUGGAUGUCUCUCAUGGGUCGCCUGGUCAAUCAGAUAGCCCAUCAAUUGCUGCGGUUGUUGGCUCUCGAUCUUGGCCACUGAUAUCAAGAUACAGAGCAGCUGUUAGAACACAAUCGUCAAAGGUGGAGAUGAUAGAAUCUCUCUUCAAACCUUUAGCAAAUGGGGAGGAUGACGGUAUCAUGAGGGAGCUUCUUAAGGAUUUCUAUCAAACAAGCAAUGGACGAAAACCUACUCAGAUAAUUGUCUUCAGGGAUGGAGUGAGCGAGUCACAGUUUAAUCAAGUUCUGAACAAUGAGCUGGAUCAAAUGAUAAAGGCUUACCAGCAUCUUGGCGAGUCUGACAUUCCCAAGUUCACAGUGAUUGUGGCUCAGAAGAAUCACCACACAAAGCUAUUUCAAGCCGGUGGUGUGCCGGAAAAUGUUCCACCUGGAACUGUUGUGGACACAAAAGUUGUGCAUCCAAGAAACUACGACUUUUACAUGUGUGCACAAGCAGGAAUGAUUGGUACUUCUAGGCCUGCACACUAUCAUGUCUUGCUUGAUGAGAUUGGUUUUUCUCCCGAUGAACUGCAGAAUCUUAUCCACUCACUAUCAUACGUGUACCAAAGGAGCACUAGUGCUGUUUCAAUAGUGGCACCAGUCUGUUAUGCCCAUCUAGCAGCUCAACAGAUGGGCCAAUUUAUGAAAUUUGAGGACUUGUCUGAAACUUCUUCGGGACAGAAAAGCCUCACGUCUGUAGGGAGUGCACUUGUUCCUGCACUGCCCAGGUUGCAUGAGGAUGUAGCGGGUUCUAUGUUCUUUUGUUAAGGUGGUGAAAACUCUUCUAAAUGUACAUGCUGCUAUUUGAUUGGUUUUGUCAAAUAUGUAAAUACUGGGGAGGUGGUAUAGGGAUGCAUAGAGGCAACCCCAUCAUGACGGGGUUGAGAAAUAGGUACUCAUGCAAGAGCAACUUUUAGUUUAAUUUUGGACAGGUUUGACAUUCACAUGAUGUUGAUGAUCAGGGCUAGUAAUUUUUGUUGAUUUACAAUUCAGCUAGUUGCUCAGUCCUAAUUUUGAGCUGGGUUUUUUUAUUUAUUUAUUAUUAUUUUUUUUUGGUCUAGAUGUUACAUUUACCAGGAAUAGCUAUUUAAGCACUGGAAGAUUUUGGUA